CAGUCACACAGAGAGUGAGAGAGAGACAGAGUCAGAGUCUUCUUCUUCUGCAAGAGAUAAACCAUCAAUCAUAAUCUAUAACAAUGGACGUCUAUGGCUUAUCUUCACCAGACUUACUUCGAAUCGAUGACCUUCUUGAUUUCUCCAACGAAGACAUCUUCUCCGGCUCUUCUUCCGGUGGUUCCACCGCCGCUACUUCCUCUUCUUCUUUCCCUCCUCCUCAAAACCCUAAUUUCCACCACCACCAUCUCCCUUCCUCCGCCGAUCAUCACUCCUUCCUCCACGACAUUUGCGUUCCCAGUGAUGACGCAGCUCAUCUUGAAUGGCUUUCGCAAUUCGUGGACGAUUCUUUCGCUGAUUUUCCGGCGAAUCCAUUAGGAGGAACUAUGACUUCAGUCAAAACUGAAACUUCCUUUCCGGGGAAACCAAGAAGCAAACGAUCAAGAGCUCCUGCUCCUUUCGCCGGAACAUGGUCACCGAUGCCAACGGAAUCCGAGCAUCAUCAGCUUCACUCCGCCGCGAAAUUCAAGCCAAAGAAAGAACAAUCCGGCGGAGGAGGAGGAGGAAGACAUCAGUCGUCGUCAUCGGAGUCGGCGGAAGGAGGAGGAAUGAGGAGAUGUACUCACUGUGCAUCGGAGAAGACGCCACAAUGGAGGACAGGACCACUGGGACCUAAAACGCUAUGUAACGCUUGUGGAGUCCGGUUUAAAUCCGGUAGACUUGUACCGGAAUAUAGACCGGCUUCGAGUCCUACUUUUGUUUUGACUCAGCAUUCAAACUCUCACCGGAAAGUAAUGGAGCUUCGACGGCAGAAAGAAGUUAUGAGACAACCACAACAAGUUCAACUUCAUCACCACCACCACCCGUUUUAGUUUCCACUGCCUCGCUCGUCGUUACUUUUUUUU